AUGGCUGUCUUGCUCUUCUUCAUCCUUCUCUCCUCACCAUUCCUUGUUCUAGAUGCCAUGGACACAAACUGUCCAGCAGUAAAAUGCAGCCCUGAUUCCCCCAACAUCCUAUUUCCUUUCUCACUGCAAAAAAGGCAUCCCCAGAAUUGCAGCUACCCUGGUUUCAAACUAGAUUGCAGGCAAAAUGAAACUGUAAUUCGGUUCCCAUCUUACGGGAGAGAUUUAGUUGUCAAAUCCAUCUGUUACAAGACCAAAAAACUAAGUCUUCUUGACCCAGAAAACUGUGUCCAUGGAGUCUUUCUAAACCUCAAUCUCUCUAAAUCGCCUUUCCGAUAUUACUAUGUUGUCAAGAGUUACACAUACCUCAAUUGCUCGGCUCAGCUUUCCCCUCCCUUCAUGCAAGUUCCCUGCCUAAGUGGCUCUGGUUACCAUGUUUAUGUUGUAGAAGAAGCUUUCCUGGAUAUGCCAAUUUCUUGCAGGCCUGUGAAGACAAUAGCUAUUCCAUUUUCAUACAGUCCUUACCUUUCUGACAAUAGUUUUGGCCUUGGAUUUACCUGGGACUUGACUGGAUUUGAGGAUUUUCAAGUGAAGCCAAGGUUGAUGAGAUGUUUCAGUUGUGUGCAUGGGAAAGUCUUAAGUAUCUUCACCUUCAUUUUGAUGGUAGCAACUCUGGUUGGUGUGAAGACCUAUUGUUCCAACAUCAGUUGGGUUGAUAACUUAUUCAGGUCCUGUAAAUCCCUAAAGCAUGCAAGUUAUACAAGGGACGAUACGGAAGGAACAAGAAUUCAGAUAACAGCUGAAUUGAUUUCUGGAAAUAAGGAAGUGCUUCAAAGCAAAUAAAACAGUCUUUAAAGCUGAAACAACAGAAAAUUCGGCAGGAGGUCCUCUGUUGUGCAUAUGAAUUUCAAGCAACAAAAACUAGGGAAUAGACGAGUAAUUUGUAUACUGUGGUGGUUGGUUCAUGUCAAAUGUUAUUUCAGGCUUCUAUCCUUCCAGAAUUUUGGGGCCAACAAAAGCAGGCUCUUAAGUCUUACAAUUUUUGUUUCCCCAGUGUAAGAGAUAGUUAUAGAUGAGAAUUAAGCUAAUCUAAGACACACAUUACUCAA